CCCCUCAUCCUGCGAGACAGCGUACAUGUCACAGACACGAACACAUGCUCAUUCCUACACGCUGCUCUCACGACACAGGACAAGGGAAAAGUCUCACUGAUACACUGUGCGCUCGCAUCACACCCCUUGACUGUGACGGUACCACGACACAGCUAGACAUUGCCGCACAGCACAGGACCCCGACACACACGGACGCUGAGAUACAGUUACCCCCAAACGGUGCUCUACUGUGCAGAUACCAAGAAAGUUCAAACAAACCACAAAAAAGAAUGAAGUUUUUCGCUGUUCUCGUCACAGCCUGCCUCGCCGUGGCGACGGUAGACGCUCAAGACUUUAGCUGGAGCGAUUGUAGCAGUGGCACUCCGAUCCUGCGCAUCGAUGAAAUAGAGGUGGAGCCACAGCCGGUGCGCAUCCCGGGCAUCAUCUAUCUCACCUUCGUCUCUCACGCGUCGCGAACCAUUUACGCGCCCAUCACAGUCCGCGUCAAGCUGAUGCGCGAAGUCACCAUCGACCUCUACUUCCGCAAGUUCGUCCACAACAUCACGGUGCCGUGCGUCAGCAAGAUCGGAUCCUGCACGUUUGAGGACGCUUGCACCGAGGGCUUUACAGACUGUCCGCUGCACAUCGGCGAGAACACAGAGACAAGAAAACCCGUUGAUCUACGCUCGCUGCCCAACAUCGUGGCCCUGCUCACAGAGGGGAAGUACUAUGGUAGAGUGCAAGCGUCGGACGGUGCCACAGGAGAGGAGCUCUUCUGCUUGGAUGUGACGUCACACCUCACGAGCGGAUGCUCAGGACUCGACUGUGUGUUUGGAGGAUAGGCUCGUAAGGACAGACCUGAUGGUAGGACAAGAUCGUACGCUUCCAGAUAUUCACGCUACGUUACAGAUAUUACAGAACGAUCACCAUCACCCUGUGGUGGCAACGGUUUCUCGAUUAAUUUCACCAUAGAUAUACACAACAACAUUUAUAUCUAUGAUUUCACAGAGCAGGUUUGCCCCCCGAUGGCGGCACACGCGUUUUUCCUGCGUGAGCGACUGUACAAUAAAUUGUUGUAAAUUCGACACGGCAAAACACGAUCAGAUUAAGUGCACUUGUGGGUUUGGUUGUUUUAGCUGCUUUAAAGGCAGACGAACAACCAAGCACUCCAGAUACAACACGAAACGAGAGAACCGGAGAUUGGGGGGGGGGGAUACGCGGGGAAGAAGACGAUCAACUGUAACCACAUUUAUCCAUAUUUCAUAAAUAUUUUAACAUGCACGCUUUAUAUUGAAGUGGAACAAAGAUAUUUCGGUGCGAAUAUAUAGAACACAUAGGGAAGAGGGAGAGGGACACGGAGAGCAGGCAAGGGCAAUAGUGGGUAGCCUUUCCCAGACUAGAUCCCGCAGAUAUAUUUAAACCUUGGCGAUCGAAUGUUCGGUUUUCUCUAUAACAUAAUGACGUUUUACGAAGCUUAAAAAUGCAACAAUAAUCAAUUAUUAUAACCAAUUGCACAACAUUGGAAAAUUGUAUAUCAGACUAUAUUGUCCCGUUUGUUAAUAGUUAUCGAGAAAAUAAACUGCUGUCAGACCUA